CGAAUGCAGACCAUGUGGGGCACAAUGCGAGACUUCGAGAUGGUGACACGAGGCUUUGACGAUAAUUUGCUGUUACGCAAGCCUUUAGUGAUGCAAAGUGGCCUUUUUGUAAGCGUGAGCAAGAACUUUUAGCGCUGGCGACUUGGUGGAACGGAUUUGCUCUGGAGGCGGAUUUGCUCUGUAGCUGGAUUUGCUCUGUAAGGUGGUGGCGGUGGUUGGUAUAAGGAUCGAGGGGAUCUCCUGAGCGGUGAGCUCCUAGAUACAACACAUAUUCGACAAAAUAUUUUUGGAACUUUGGAACAAUAGAGUCAUGGUGGUGCAAGUUCGUCAUCUAGAGUCAGGAAUUGCCAAUGGCCAUAAGAUCAAGGGCUGGGCUGAUGUCGACGAUCGCUUAGAAAGCCUCGAUCUUACAGUUGACGUCGACCAAAGUCGGAUCGCAUUGCUAGCCCAGGAAGACACAGAUGGCGACGGUCAAAUCACAAUCGCUGACAAGGGCCCGAAGAAUUUUACGUUGAAGGCAGUCGAUGGACAAGAAGCACAAAUCACAGGUACAUAUCAAUUGGCCAUCUUGUUGCAAGAAUUGGCCUUGGCCAGUAGAGCUGGACUGGAAAAAUGUCAGAUUCUUGGAAAACGUUUGGUGGAAGGUCCGGUCGAUCGACUCACUAGGCUGAUCCCAGAGACGUAUUGGACGAGUCUGACGAGACGACUGGACGAAUCGACAAUCGCAGCUGCUGGGCCAGAUGGGAAAGUUAGUGGAGGCGAAAGGCUUCAUAUCUACGUCCCGGCCGGAGUGCCAGAACAAUUGGCUUACUACAAUGAACUGAGCCGGAACAAGCCGGAAUUGAACUUGCAAGUGACACAGAUACCUGACGCCUCAGAAGUGUCGAAAAGUCUGAGACAGUAUUGGGAUACUCCGGGAAUCCUAGCGCUCGCUAUGGACACUGAGGGCGAUGAUAUUCGCGGUUUGGACUACACCGUGCCGGGAUACAGAUUCAACGAAUUUUACUACUGGGAUUCCUACUUUUGCUGCUAUGGGCUUCUUGAAGCCGGGAAGAUCGGCACGGUUCGUGGGAUCGUCAGGCACAUGAUCUUCCAGAUCGACCACUAUGGUUGCGUCUUGAAUGGGAAUCGAGCAUAUUACCUUCAACGAUCACAGCCGCCAUUCCUGUCUGACUUGGUCACACGAACGUACGAGCAUUUAGUGGCCAGCAAUGACGACACAGCCAUAGAGUUCCUUCACGAAGGAAUACUCGCUGCGAUCAAAGAGUACCAUAACGUUUGGUGCUGUGAGCCUCGACAAGAUCCAGUCACUGGUCUUUCGCGCUAUCGACCGAAAUCUGCUGGUGUACCUCCUGAGGUCGAGAAGGGACACUUCGAUUGGUUCCUAGCGGGGCCAGCGAAAAGACACGGUCUAACGAUUGAGGAGCUCCAAAAGGAAUACAAUAGUGGCCGACUGAAAGAUGAAGAAAUGGACAACUUCUUCCGACAUGAUCUCGCGAUGCGUGAGUCUGGCCAUGACACGAGUGCUCGACUAGUGGACGCAGCAGCAGAUCUCGCGACCGUAGAUCUCAACGCGCUCCUCUACAAAUACGAGACUGAUAUCGCUCGCGCGAUCAAGGAGAAAUUCCAGGACGCCUUGACCGUGCCAGCCGGUGUGAUGCCAGCAGACCACGAUUCCUCGACCUGCAACUCAGCCUACUGGGAAGCCAAAGCUGCAGCGCGAAAAGCCGCGGUAGACCGCUACCAGUGGAACCCCGAGACAGGAAUGUACCAUGACUACAACACUGUCACAAACCAACAAACGCCCUUCCGCAGCGUGACGACCUUCUACCCCCUGUGGAGCGGUCUCGCCAGCGAAGAACAAGCGAAACAGCUCAUCGAGGGCAUGCUGCCACAAUUCGAGCACGUCGGCGGGAUGGUCUCCACGCUGCCUCUUCCGGGAUCAUCCUGGCUGCCGCGCCAAUGGGACUAUCCUUAUGGCUGGGCACCGCAUCAGAUCCUCGUGUGGGACGGUCUGAGGAGGUACGGAUAUGCCGAUCAUGCGCACCGGGUCGCUUACCGAUGGCUGUAUCUGCUGACGAAGACUUUUGCGGAUUUCAAUGGGAGGAUGACGGAGAGGUAUGAUGUUGUGCAGAAGAGUGAGGCGGCUGUGACGGAUGGGACGGAGUAUGGGAACCAGGGGAGUAAAUUUGAUGGGGUCAAUAUUGAAGGAUUUGGAUGGACGAAUUCGAGCUAUCAGUAUGGGUUGAAAAUCAUUGGCGAAAAGUUGACGGCCGCGCUCAAGGCAGGUUUAGCUUGGGAAGACAUCGAGGGAGCUUCCGACUAGGGAGUAUUUGUGUGAUACAGUCGUCAUUUUCGGCGUGUGCCUGAAUAUUUACCAUGGCAUGACUCCAUACUCGCCAAUCGUACGCCCGUGAAUUUCUUCCUUGGGACCAAUGGCGGCUUUCACCAACUCCUUGGCUCCGUCGCGCGCACUUUUGUAACCGUUGUAAUUGUUGAUCUUCGUCGCACAAUAGCCUGGAUCUGAUGAUGAGACGACGAAACCCUCCUUUUCAAGCACAGCAGCAUAAUGUUGCACAACCAUACUCAUGGCCGUCUUCGUAGAUCUGUAGAUGAUCCAUCGAUCCGCA